AAAAAAAAUAUUUGGGAGAAAAAAAUCAGAAAUACCGGUAACUGUCGAACCAGCUUCACUGCGAUUUACACAUUGCAGUAGGCAACAAUGGAGGACGUGAGUGAAUUUCUGCGCGCCAGAGGGGUCCAAGAGGAAACCAUAUUGCAAAUGGAAGAACAAAAGGUGAGUUAUAAAUAUAUAAGUGUGUUUUGGGCGUUCGUAAAAACAACGAAAAGGCGUUAGAAUAUGAAAUGCAGACAUUGAUGAGCUAGCAGCAAGUGCAUUAGCUUAUAUGCUAUGGCUCCCCCCAUCUAAUUCAGUAAAUAAUGGUUUAGUUCGUUGACACGCAAGUUUGUGCUUGUUGGAACAGUGGCGACUAACCAAGAGCAACAGCCUGGUGGUUUUCAUGUUUCUGUAGAGAAGAUUUCAUUAAGUGUGUUUAACAAGGCAGCUAGCUGACAAUCAGAAGGCUAUUAACCAUCAAAAUGAUCAACAUCUCAAACAUCAUCUCGUCUAGAAUGGAGUAAGACAGUUGUGGUUGUGGCCCACAACCACAACUGUCUUACUCCAUUCUAGACUUGUUUCAUAAAAUGCGUAUUUUUUUACAAUAUAUAUAUAUAUAUAUAUAUAUAUAUAUGCCUAUAUAUACGCAUUUUAUGAAACAAGUUAGUGAGGUUAACAGUAAGAAUGUUUAACACUUUCUGGCUUUAAAUUAAAGGUAGGAUUUGUGUUCCUGCAUAUAAAGUGUUCCUGAUAAAUAAGAUCCGUACUCCGUAAUGGACACUUUUACUGAGCAUAUACUGUGUAAAAUAGGAAGAAGAGUCUUAACCUUACAAUAUUUAAACAAUAUAUUUUCUUUUCUUUUUUGCAGAUUAAAAGCAACGUUAUUGUCUGAUGUACAAUUCAACUGCCAUAUUACAACCCCUCCUACGAAUACCAAAUUGUCCUCUUUAUAUUCUGCAUUACAUCAGUUUGCUGCGCUGCUCACAACAAUGCCUGCAGAGCCGGAUUUGGAUGACUUAAUUAAACUAUACUUCAGACUUUCCCUAAGUAACAAAGAAAUACUUGCUAUUUUGGCACACACUAAUCACAUUGUAAUUAGUGUCCGAACAUUAAAGAGAAUUUGUAAAAGACUUAACCUGUUCAGGAGGAAGAACCAGUCUGACUUGGAGGAAGUGCUAGCUUUUGUACAGCAUGAGAUCAUGACUAAUGGACAGAUGCAGGGAUACCGUUGGCUUCAUCUCCGUGCAAUUCAACAGGGCCUUGUUGUGUCACAAGAUAGCAUAAGACGCAUCAUCAAACUGGUUGAUCCACAAGGUGUGGAAUUAAGACGAGCCCACCGCUUGAGAAGACGUCAGUACAGAUGCAGAGGGCCAAAUGCACUUUGGCACAUGGAUGGUUAUGAUAAACUAAAGCCCUAUGGCAUUGCCAUCAACGGCUGUAUAGAUGGUUUUAGCCGCUAUGUGUUAUGGAUGGAAGCCUAUAUCACAAACAGUGAUCCUAAAGUAGUUGCAAGUUACUUUAUCAAAACAGUUUCAGGUAUAGGUGGAUGUCCAGAGAGGAUUCGUGCAGACAGGGGCACGGAAAAUGUUUCUGUUGAAGAAAUGCAGAUGUUUUUGCGAAGGAACCACCCAGACAGUUUUGCUGGGGAGAGAAGUUUCCUUUAUGGAAGAAGCACAGCAAACCAGCGCAUUGAAGGAUGGUGGGGUAUACUCCGCAAACAGAGUGCGCAGUUCUGGAUGAACCUGUUCCAAACUCUCCAGGAAGAUGGCCACUUCACAGGAGACUUUUUGGACAAAAGUCUUAUCCAAUUAUGUUACCUUAAUCUUGUUCAGGAUGAACUUGAUGAAGUGGUCAACACCUGGAAUUCCCACAAAAUCAGACCAAGAUCAACUGAUGACACAGCAUCUGGUCGGCCAGUGAUUAUGUACUCAUUCCCAGAGUUGCACAGUGCUGAGGAUAGACUCAAACCUAUUGCCAUGGAGGAGGUCAAUUUGUGUAUGUUAGAGUGUACUCCCAAAGGCCAGUUUCCAUGCGAUGAAACUGUUUUUGAACUGUGUUGUCUACUCAUGGCGGAAAACGGAUGGGAUGAUCCAGCAGAUCCAUUUGCUGCAGCUGAUCUAUACAUCCUGUUACGAGAUGAAAUACGACGACAAGUAUUUGAUUAAUGGUACAUGUAGCGUACAUGUCAUUAUGCAAAACACAAAAUACUGUUCAGGACAAAACUGACCUUAAAAAAUAAGUAAUUAUUUAGUCAAAAAUGUAUCAAUAAAAAUCAUAGUCAAUGGUA